UGUCAAACGAAAUUUCUCCACGUAACGCAGGCGUGCGUUUAGCUAAAUUAAUAGCGUUUUUCGAGGAUUUAGUGUCCUUAAUCUGCAAUGAUUAUAUAAAAAAAUAAUUCGUUAUAAUACCUAGUAGCAUUUGACGUUAUAAUAUUUUCUUUUUCUGCCAAGAUGAAGACGCUGAGUCUUCUUCUGGUGGUUGCACUAUCGAUUAUCAGUAGCUUGGCUGUAGAUAGAAACAACUUUAAAACUUGCGAACAGUCGGGCUUUUGUAAGCGGCUUCGGCCAUUCAAGUCUGAAAAAUCACAGUAUGCCUUGAACUUGGAUACAGUGAUGGUACAUGGGAAUGUACUGGGAGCGGAAGUCGUCACCCAGGAUAAUCAAGGAGAGAAAAAUAACGUUCUGUGGCGUUAUACACUUAAACUAUCAGCUCUCGUCGACGGAACCUUCAGGGUCGAGUUGGAUGAAUCUGAACCUCUAUAUCCGAGGUAUAGGACACAGUUAGCCCUCGACGGAGAACCGAAAGAAGAUAGUCUGAAACUGAUAUCCAAUGAGGGCGGUAAACUGACGGUGGUCAACAGUCAAGGUCAUAAGGUCAUUAUAACAGCUGACCCCUUGAAGUUUGAGUUCUACAACAAGAACGGUGACCUCGCCGUAGUACUGAAUGACAACAACCAGCUGAUAGUCGAACCGCUGCGGGUGAAGAGGGAGAAGAUUGGUGAUGAUGAUGAAGCAGCUGCAGUUGAGGAGGAUGAAGGUGCUUGGAGUGAAAAUUUCAAAUCUCAUCACGAUUGCAAACCGAGAGGCAACGAGGCUGUGUCCCUGGACGUGGCCUUCCCUGACGCUAACCAGGUUUACGGUAUCCCACAACACACGGAUAACUUCUAUCUCAAGACCACGACGUCCGGUGAGCCCUACCGUUUGUAUAACUUGGAUGUCUUCGAGUAUGAGUUAGACAGUCGCAUGGCUAUAUACGGCGCUGUUCCCGUCCUGUACUCACACAGUAAGCGUCACAGUGCCGGUGUGUUCUGGCACAACUCGGCUGAAACGUGGGUGGAUGUGGUGAACUACGCUGACGAAACAGUGGUGUCCUCUCUCGUGAACCUGGUGACUGGAGGGAGGAAGACCAGGGUGGACGCCAGGUUCAUGAGUGAGUCCGGUGUGAUAGACGUGUUCGUGUUGCUCGGAGACAAGCCCUCCGACGUGUUUAGACAGUACACCAGGCUGACGGGAGUGGCGCCGCUACCGCCGAAAUUCUCUCUGGCGUACCAUCAAUCAAGAUGGAACUACGCUGAUGAAAACGAAGUGAGGUCUGUGGACGAGGGAUUCGACGCAAACGAUAUACCCGCGGACGUCAUCUGGCUGGACAUUGAAUAUACGGAUAGGAAAAAAUAUUUCACCUGGGACCCGGAGAAGUUUGCUCACCCAGCCGAGAUGGUGGCGAAUCUGACUGCCAAGGGUAGAAAACUGGUGGUCAUCAUAGACCCGCACAUCAAGAGGGAGGCCGGGUACUUCCUGCACGAGGACGCCACCGAGCAAGGGUUAUACGUCAAGAACAAGGACGGGAAUGACUAUGAGGGUUGGUGUUGGCCGGGGUCGUCUUCGUACCUCGACUUCUUCAACCCUAAAGUCAUGGAUUACUACGUCAAGAGGUAUCAGUUCGAUAACUUCCCGGGGACCAGCAAGGAUGUGCACAUAUGGAACGAUAUGAACGAACCUAGUGUAUUCAAUGGACCGGAAAUAACAAUGCCAAAGGACUGUCGUCACUACAAACCACCUCAAGACGGACAUGACGGUCUCGCGUCUUUCUGGGAACACAGACACGUCCACAACGAGUACGGCCUGUUCCACAUCAGCGGCACCCACCAGGGCGUGUUGGAUAGGGCGGGCGGGAGAUACAGGCCUUUCGUACUAACUCGCUCCACCUUCGCCGGCACACAGCGGUACGCCGCAGUGUGGACCGGCGACAACUCAGCGGAGUGGGGUUUCUUGGAGGCGUCGGUGAGGAUGUGCGUGUCGCUGGCGGCGAGCGGCAUCAGUCACUGCGGAUCGGACGUCGGCGGGUUCUUUAAGUACCCUGAGGAAGAGCUCAUGACGAGGUGGUACCAGGCCGCCGCAUAUCAACCGUUCUUCCGAGCUCACUCUCACAUAGAAACCAAGAGACGGGAGCCCUGGCUGUACCCGGCCGCCACCAUGGGCAGGAUAAGAGACGCGGUCAGACGGAGAUACGCCUUGCUGGACUUUUGGUACACGUUGUUCUACGAGCACUCAGUAGACGGUCUACCAGUCAUGAGACCAUUGUUCCAGGAAUUCCCGGAGGAGGAAGAGACAUUCACUAUAGAUGACACAUAUCUGUUGGGCGAUCGCUUGCUAGUGAGGCCGGUGUUGUCAGAGGGCGCCACUAGUGUUAAAGUUUAUUUCCCCGGAAAGGAUUCCAAGACACUGUGGUAUGAUACAGAUUCAUAUCAGGCAUACCCCGGAAACGGAUACACUACCAUCGAUGUCAACAUAGCCAAGACUCCGGUGUACCAGCGAGGCGGCACAGUGAUCUUCCGCAAGGAGAGGGUCAGGCGAGCAUCCCCACUCAUGGCGGACGACCCUUACACUGUAGUGGUGACGCUCGACCAACAGAACACGGCGCGCGGCUCGCUGUACAUCGACGACGGGGAAACGUACGAGUACAGGAAGCACAAGUACACGUACGGGCGACUCGCGUACUCCGCGGACAGGAUGACCUACACGUUCAUAGACAAGAACGCACAUUACCCGACGCGUUCGUGGGUGGAGCGUAUAGUCAUAGCGGGUAUUAAGAACCCACCGAAAUCGGCCAAACUCGUCCAGGACGGUAAAGUCACGCCGCUGCAGAUGACCUUGCACCGGGGCAACGACGUGCUGGUGGUGAGGAAACCAGCCGCCGCCAUGGCCAAGGAGUGGGAAAUACAAUUCACAUAUUAAACGCGCGCCGGUCUGGCGGCAGCUGGGGUCUGGCGGACCCUCGUCUCUGGUGCCGCGGAUCGGAGACUUACUCGUCUUUUAAUAAUUUCCUUUCAGCCGCCGCCAGAACCGUUACGCUUGCCCAAAACUAUAAGUUUUCACUUUGUUGUUUAAGUGAAAUAGUAUUUUGUAGGAACACUCGACGGAGUCACUCUAGCGGUAGGAAGCUCUGAGGGAAUAUUGAUUUUGUUAAUAAUAUAGUACUCUACUAAGCCGCGGUCUCAAAAGUAUUUUAAAUGAUGUCCUUCCCGUGUAUUUGUCCAUAUCAUAGUUUAUUUACGUCCAGACACGUUCUCACAGGUGACGCCUUUGUUAUACAUUUUAAAAAAUAUUUUUCGGAUAAAACCAGUGUUGUGACUCUACAGAACCGAUCAAAUGACAAUUGUAAUACAAUGAAGAGACGUUUAUUUUAAAUUUUUAUUAUACUAAUCAAAAACUGGCAACAUUAAGACGUUUUGGACGUUUGCAAGGUAUCCAUAGAUUAUUAUUUGUGAUAAAUAAAAUACGAUUUUAUA